AUGCUUAGCUUCCUGCACUGCCCUGAGUCGCUCCCCGGCGCUGGUGGGAUCCUGGAGCUACUGGCAGCUGCAGGGAGUGACGUGGUGGCCUCUGUGAGUGGCAGCCGUGCCCCGCCACCCCUCACCCAGCCGGCUUCUCUGCAUCCUCAGGCCCACAACGAGCCCCAGCACUUUGUGAGUCUGUCCUGCUUAGCGGAAAAACCCGUCCAGGCCCGGGUUGGGUCCUCUGGGUAUCCAAAAACCAGGGCCCGGUCUGCGGCUGGGGUGCCACUGGCAGAUGCAGAGGGACAUCAGCCGGAGCCCAGCAGCCUGCCCAAAAAAACCCAAAAGCCUGAAUUCAGUAAACUCAAGAAGUUACCCCAGCCUGAGCUAAGCGAACACCCCAAGAAGCCCCCGCAGCCUGAGUUUGGUGCAGUGUCCUUGAAGCCCCUGCAGCCUGAGUUCCCUGACCUCCCCAAGAAGGCCCUGCAGCCUGAGGACCCUGACCUCCCCAAGAAGCCCCUGCAGCCUGAGGUCCCUGAUCUCCCCAGGAAGCCAUCCAAUGAGUUGACUGAACUCUCCAGGAAGUUCCCACAGCUGGAGGCCACUUCAUUUGCAAGGAAGCCCCUGCAGCCUGAGGCCAGUGAGGCCUCUUUGAAGGCCUUGAUGCUGGAGUGCAGUACGCCGGCCCAGAAAGCCCUGCAGCCUGAGCUCAGCCACCCUUCCAUAGCCCCCUCCAAUUCCAAAUCCAGCACAUUUUCCAGGAAGUACUGGCAGCCCGAGUCUAGUGACUCCCUCCCCCACUCCCCAAAACCCAACUUCAGCACCCUUCCCAAGAAGCCCCUGCAACCUGAGUUCAGUGUGUACCCCAGAAAGCCCCCUCAGCCUCAGGUCAGUGGCUUCCCUAAGAAGUUUCUGCCUGAGUUCAAUGAGGCUGCUCAGACACCCUUCUGGAAGCCUGAGUCCAGUAAGCCAAAGCCUGACUUAAAUGUCUUUCCCAAAAAGCCAUCCCAGCCUCAGCUAAAUGACUUUCCCAAGAAGCCCCUGCAGCCUAAGCUUGGGGACCUCCCCAGGACAUCCUCAGAGCCCAAAGUAAGCAUGUUUUCCAAGAGGCUGCAGCAGCCCAAAUUCAAAGUGCUCUCCAAGAAACCUCCACAGCCUGAGCCAGGUGGCCUCCCCAGGAAAUCCGCAGAGCCCAACUCAAUCCCCAGGAAGUUACUGCACCCUGAGUGCCAGGGGCCACCCCACAAGUUCUCACAGCCGCCUCAGUCUGAGUUCCUCGGUGAUCACCCCCGAAAGCCUCCACUCCCCAGCUCUGCUUCUGAGAGUUCACUGCCAGUGGCCAUGGCAGGCUCCAGCUCAGGGUGCCUGCUCAACCCUGGGUUUGGAGUGGCUGGGAAACCCCACUGGAGGCCAGGAGGCCUUGUUCACAGUGGAAGGUCCAGGCCAGGCCUCGAACCCAGCCAUCUACCCCAGCAGAGUUCUCUGCCCCCUGCCAGCAGCCUGGGACACCCUCCUGUCAAGCCCCCACUGCCCCCAUGCCCCAUGGAUAUACAGAGCUUUUGGAGACUCUCGGCAGCCUCCACAGAGCUACGGAGGACCCGCUUGGCUGCUGGGCUCCACUUCCAGGCCGGAGAGCCUGAAGAUACCCCACAGGACCCAGGUGAGAUCUAUGAGCUGUAUGACAGUGAGGAGCCUGGAGAUGACUCCAGCCCAAGCCCCAAGGGCAGAGGUUUGUCAGUGGCCUGUCCAGAUGAAGUGCCCUUGGUUCAGCAAGCUGCCAGGAGGCCACCACAAGACCCAGCACUCAGAAAGGAAAAGGAUCCCCAGCCACAGCAGUUGCCACCCAUGGACCCAAAGUUGCUGAAGCAGAUGAGGAAGGCAGAGAAGGCUGAUAGGGAGUUCCGUAAGAUCCAAGGGGAGAUUGUGGUGCACACGAAGAUGAUGAUCAACCCCAAUGCCAAUGCAUCACGGGGUGGCAAGCACCUUGGGAUCUGGUGUGGGGAGAUCCUGAAAGUGAUCGAGUUCACUAGCAAGCACAAGAUGCUGUGCCAGGAUCCCAAGGGCAAGUAUGGCUAUGUACCCAGAACAGCGCUCCUGCCCCUGGAGAUGGAGGUGUAUGAUGAUGUUGACUUCUUGGGUUCUCUCAGCCACCUCUGCUGUUCACAGCCACUGGGAGGAGGGGCCGGAGCCUGGUGGGGCCAGGUUCUCAUGGAGGGAGGAGGUGGCCUCCUUUGUCCCCUGGAGCCUGGUCAGCCAGUUGGUGCUACUGCCGUGGCCAGCUGGCAGGCUUCCUUUAGACCACCGGCCUCAGCUCCGGCACCCCUGUUGGGUGUCAGUCAGCCUGAGAGUCGCUACUGUGCAUCAGAACCUGCUUUGCAUGUUGUGGUACAGGACCUUCUGGACAACACUCUUGAGCCUGGACAGGCUCAUGACCACACCCACGUCUGCUGCAUGGACUGUCUGCUGAGGAGCUGA